AUGCUUGUUGUUAGCCAGAAAUGGCGCUACUUGGCUUCUCUAGCUGCUCAAUCUGCUGCCGAGUUUUCUCGCCAAAACUCAUCAUCUCAGCCUUUGCUAUGGAUCGACGACGAGGCAGCUUCAAAGGAAGCCUAUGAGGCACAUAUCAAGAGUGCAGAAUAUAGGGAGUUGCACCGUCCGGCCGCGACCAAUGCUGAUAUGGGGCUUUUUGGUGGAGAGCCUGGCUUUGAGAAAUCUUACCGCGUGUGGGUCGAUCCGGAUAGACCCCAUAUGAAGCAUGUAUACAAUCAAACAGCAUUAGCGAAGAAUCUGCGCUAUGCCCGAUAUGGCUACUUUAAGCGUGAUAUGCAUCUGCUAGAUGUAGAUAAGCUAAUUCGUCAUGCUCGACUGCUUCCAACCCCGAAGCGUCUCUUGGGAGACUUUAUCUAUCAGCGCGUUCCCCUUUCAGACAAAAGUUGCAGUGCCUUUAUUCGCUACCAGCUCGAGCAACUUAGGAUGUUAGAGGAGUGGCAACGGGAUUCCAGCCUCGCUUCCGCUGAAGAGAUGUUCGAGAGGAUGAUCGUCACCAACAUUCCUCCUGUAGAAGUUGGCGUCGAGACACAUGCGGAAAUGAUUCGCUGUUGUGCUGUAUGCCGAGACUGGAAUAAGGGCUGGAACGUAUACACACAGCGAGCAAGGGAGAUCGAGGAGGAAGAGGCUGAUCAAAAAAAUGAUGUUUACACUCUUGAUACAAACUUAUUUGAUGCUGUGUUGGAGCUGUGUGUUGCCUGUGAGAAGUUUGUUGAGGGGAUGCAAGUGAUGGAGGAGUCCAUUCAGCGCCACUUGAAACCGAGGCCUAGCAUGCUUGAAAAGGCAAUGCUCCUGAUCGCCAUUGCUGCAGAGCGGCUCGACCCCAUCUUUUCUUUGAACCCGCAUGCAGCCGAUCCGCGGAAUGAGGAAGGCUGGCGGGAUGCACUCACUGGGUAUGCUCAGCGUGGCCUCGAUGCGUGGGCUCUUUACGACUUCUACGGAAUUCCACGCACCACUGCAAGUGUGGAGGCGUACAUCCGUAUGUGUAGCAUGCUGCACAAACCGAUGUUGGUGCUGGAAGCGCUUGGGUUAGCCGAUGCUGCGCAUAUCCGUCUCUCAUUGCCGUGCUACCAUUGGGCUUUUUACGCCAUUCGUAGCCUACCCGACUUUGGUGGUUUCGUCAUGGAUAUCGUCGGACAGCUUGCACCGCGCGGCCUCACGGCUGACUAUCUUACUUUCACAACCGCCUUCAUGUAUUGCGCUGUGCAGCAUGAUGGCGAGUUAGCGCUUUCGCUCUACCAACAUUUUGUACAUAGCGAUAUAAAUCCCACCCCGGAAAUGGUACUUUUAUUUGAGCAGGCCUGCGUCCGGUGUAAGGAGCCGCGGAUAGAGAUGCUCUUAGCUGCUGAAGCGUUCAUUGAACGCCUAGAGUCUGUGGGUAGUUCUGUGGAUCGUAUUUCUUCGAUAUACGAUCAGUACAUGGAGCUGGCGGCUCACUUGGGCGCUGUUGGUUCUGCAUUCGGCAAAUUGAAAAAGCUUUUGAGCUAUGGGAAAGAGCUGACGACACGACAUAUGAAUUCUCUAUUGCUCGCCAAUAGCAACGCAAGCCCACCAACCGGCGGGGCUGCCAUGACCGAUGAAAUCGUAAGUGUUUUCAAGCUUUUAAAUAUUCAAGCGAACGACGACACUGUCCACUUCUUAACUCUUUGCCAGGAGGCUUUUGGAACCUCAGGGGAGGUGGACCGCUUUCUGGAGGAGAUAGAGGAGGCACGCCGUGAAAGCCCAGGGAUGACGUUGGGCACCGAUGAGGAUAUCCCCGUGCGGGAGGACCCGCCACACAAACUCCGUCAUCUGGCCACGGAGUGGCGGCUGCGUCCGCGGGAUUCCGUGCUGAAGCGUUACGGACAGAUGUCUCGCCACCGUCGUGAGGAGGACGUAGGAAGCAUGAUCGGCAGCACCAUUCCCUUCGGUCGUUACCCUGGUGAGAAGGUGGUUUAG